UCGGAAAUAUACUACGUAUAAAAACAUAGCCUCUUUUUUGCCCAAUUUUGUUUUCCCUAGGAUACUUUGCUUCGGUUAUCAAAGAUGGCAUGCUUCAGGAUUUUUAGAGGACGGCCUGUUCUUAUAUUUCAGAAACAAUCCUGUAUUGGGACACGAAUUCUUUGCAGUGUUCGUGAAAUAAAAGGCUCAAAAUCGGCUUAUGCUAGCUCAGAUGACUCGGGCAGUAAUGAUCAUUCACCGACUGAUGCCAACCAGCCUGAAGAAUCCACCCAACCUACAACAAAACCACUCCCCUCCCAGCAUGCACCUGCCACCACCCGAGGACCGCGGCGGAAGAAGGUUGGUGAGGCCCUGCAGGAGAGGAAGUAUUUCAGCCCUGAGUUUAUGCCUCCCAUGGGGCAGAGGAGUACGCUGAAGGAUUUUCUAGAGAGGGAAGAUUGUUACAAGAGACGAGAGGUCCUGGAUAUUCCAGAGUUUUAUCCAGGUUCAAUCCUAGCCGUAACAGUGUCUGACCCGUAUGCUCCAGGAAAGGAAAAUCGUUUUGUUGGCAUCUGCAUUGAAAGGAAAAACUAUGGACUUGGUGCCAGUUUUAAGCUACGGAAUUGCAUAGAUGAUCAAGGUAUUGAGAUCAACUAUGAACUGUACAACCCCCUCAUCAAAAAGAUUGAGGUUAUCAAACUUGAGAAAAGGAUAGAUCGCAACCUCCUCUACCUGCGAGAUGCCUUGCCUGAGUACAGCACCAUAGAUCCUGACAUGACAACAAUCAAACAUCCUCCGGGCAAACCAGUUCCUGUCAAUGAUGUGAAGGUGAAGAUGAAACCCAAGCCAUGGCACAAGCGAUGGGAGCGGUAUGGUUUCCAAGGGAUCGACAUGACGGAGGUGCUCUCUGAGGAGAGGAUAGAGGAGGGCAAGAGGUGGUGGACUCCAGAUCAUGAGAAGAUGGAUCUUCUUAAUCUAUACAGGUCAAGUUCCCAUAGCAACGAGGAGAGGGCGAUGAUCAAGGAGGAGUUUGAGAGGCAUGUCCAGAGCCUGAAGCGGAAGAAGAAGUCUAGUGCUGGCUCAUAGCGGUUUGCCAGUGGAAUGGAUUAAUAUGGACUCUCAAGCUCUAGUGGGGAUUUGAGGUGGACGCUAAAGUCCCUAAUUGACAUUCUGAACCAACUGGUGGCUAUCAUCUGCAUGGUUCGGGAAGGAAUAUGAUUGAAUGACUGGAUUGUUGAAAAAAAAUGAUGGAGAGGAGACUAAAGAGGUAGGGAAGUACAUUUCAACGGGCAAUCGAGUCGCCUAGUGUGCGCCAGGUGUAAGUUUGCUUUUACAGAUCUUGCAUCAGUUUGCCGGGCGGAGUGGACUGGUAUCCAUGUACCAGUAGACUGUAAAGCUCCAGUGGGAAUUAUUGUAGCUGUGGAUACUGUAUUUUUUUACUCUCCGUCAGGAUGUGCUGGAAAGAUGAUUUGGUUGAAUGGAUUGUGAAAAACCCAAAUAAAAUUAAGCAGUCAGGAUUAAAGGGGAAUAAAGUAUUUUUUGAUCUAGGGCUAGUGCUACUGUCUGUCAUUGAAGGGAGGGGGGGGGGGGUUACCAUCCAAUCCAGGCCAUUUUAUUUGAAAUGUUAGAAUAUGAAUUUGUUAUGAAAUAUGAAAAAUGGAAGCAUAUCAUUAAAAGCACACUUUGUUUGCAAAUUCAGAGAUCUUGCAUUAUCUCAUAUAAAUUCAGAGAGAAAAAAAUCAUGAUAUUUGUCCAUCGUCUAUCGACAAGUGCUCUUAAGAAUCUACAAAACCUAAAAACUUUCCCCAAUCCUAAUCCUUUGAUAGCAGUGAUCUCUUUACCAUGGAGUCCUGGGUUCAAUACCAUGUUGAUGUGUUAAAACAAAUGUCCUCUUAGAAGUUAUUAUCCCUCAAUCACAAGGUCCCUCUGAGAGGACAUAGAGCCGCUGGUCCUUUUUCUUCAGAUGAUCAUCCUUGAUAGAUGCUCAGAAAAAAAUGUCAGUGGGGACAAAUGAAUGUAUUUUGUACUAAAAAAUUCACACCAUAGAUCUGUGUUUUGACUUGGGAUAGUCCAAAAUAUAUCAACAUUGAUUAUGCUUUGAUUGAUUUCCCUGUACUAUUUAAUCUUAUUCUGAUUCAUGCAGCAAUGCCAAAUGCACCCAAGAACAACAAGUGGAUUUGAAUAAAAAGAGUACAAUAUGCAUUUAAUCAAAUGUAUCCCGAUUACUGAUCAUUUGUUUGUGUAUAGGUAUUCGUAUGGGAUACUUUAUGACAAAUAAAAACAACUUUGUAAUAUA